AUGAAAAAGCAGGGGAACCACGUGAACGCCCUAAAUGACCUUAACAGCCAAAAUGAGGAGGCAAAACACAACUACGUGAAUUCCAGUGUGGACAACCACAAGUACUGGCAGUACAACACCCUCCUGCUUUACAAUGUGAUUAUGAUAUACACGUGCGAAUGGCCCUCGCUCUUUAUCGAGUGGGUGCCCAACGUGUGCAGGAGUGACGAUGAUGUUUACAACCAGGACCUCAUCCUGGGUACCUACACCACGGAGAAAAACAACUACAUAUUGAUUCUGGAGGUGAACCUCCCAAGUGAAGAGUUGUCCCACUCCAACCUGUACUACGAAAAGAUAAACAAUUACCGACACAACACCUCCAACGACACGAGCAAAAAUUUCAAAAUGAAAAACAAAAUUUACCACGAAUGUGAAAUUAACAAAAUUACUUGUAGUCCCCAAAACAAGGAUGUGAUUGCCUGCUUUUCCUCCGAUGGAAAUAUCAACAUAUUAAAUUUAAGUAACUACAAGUAUGAAGAAAAUGAAGGGAAAAGUAAUUCCGUUGUGACGUUUGAUUAUACACUUAAGGGUCACCUGUACCAGGGGUGGGGAAUUCAAUGGGGUGUAGAUAACAAUUUAAUUUCUUCCUGCGGUGAUGAUUCGUAUUUAUGUAUAUGGGAUAUAAAUGCAAGUGCUUCCUGUGCGACGAGCAGUUCGAAUGUGGCUCCUCCGCCUGUUAGUGGGAGUGCUUGCGGAUCCGUUGCGGGCAGUACCGUGGGAGGGGUUCCAUCCGGUCCAGCUGCAGGGGGCAUCACAUCCAGUGCAACCGUACCUAGCGGAGGAGGAAUGUCCACCACGACUGGUGCUGGAGGUGGUGAUUUUGCCUGCACCAGUUCGAACAGCGAAAACUGCAAAGGAAUAAUAUACCCUUUGAUAAAAUUUUUUAAUGACAAUGUGCCUCUGCAAGAUUGCUGCUGGAAGGACAACAAUGUGUUGACCGUAUCGGAUAACGGACACAUACAUAUUUACGACAUUAGAAACAAGAGUGCAGUGAGUUCCAUCAAAGCUACCAACUGUACCUUAAACUCCAUCGAUGUGAAUCCACAUAAUAAAAAUAUCUUCGCGACAGGUGGCACGAACAAGGAAAUUGACUUGUGGGAUAUUCGAUACACUAACAAAUCUCUGCACAGGAUCAUAUCCCACAAGGAAACCAUUAUAAAGCUACAGUGGGACAAAUAUCAGCCUGGCAUUUUGUCUUCCUCCUCCAGUGAUAAGUACAUUUAUUUUUUUGACACAAACAGAAUUGGCAUUGAGCAGACAUACGAGGAUUCGCAGGACGGACCCCCCGAACUUAUUUUCAUUCACGGUGGCCAUUCCUCCAACAUCCUGGACUUCUCCCUCAACUCGUCCUACUCCAUGAUGAUCUCCUCCAUCAGCGAAGACAACACGUUGCACAUCUGGCAGCCCUCCAGGCAGGCCUACGAGGAUGCCUCAGAUACAUACGAUGACACCGAAGUGGAGUAG